GCAAACGUCAGCCAUUUUUUGUGUAAUUUACAUAACCAGUGGUUGUUUGUUUUCAUUAAAGCUUGCAAAAACAAGGAAGGUAAAUGGUUGCAGGAGCUUGGUACGUUGGAAGAAGCACGUGGAGCAGACGCUGAAUCACGUGGCCUCGAAUCGUCCGCCAACUGCUGAUGGUCAGCUGAUUGAUCACAUGAUCUAUAGCCCCCCAACAUGGCGCUGCCCAGGUCGAGGAGUUUGUGCGGGAGAUGUUUAACUGUUUAUUUCAGCCUCACGCUGUUUGUCCUUUUAGUUAGCGUGAGUCUAGUAUUUGCAACAAGUCCGUCACCCAAAGACUCUGGUUUCUCCUCUGGUUGCGGCUGCACUAGUCGUCGGGAAGUUGCUGGCGAUUUCCCUGAUACUCCACAUGACAGCAUCUCAUUAGCGAAACAGGCAGCUGCCAAAUACUCUAAGGAGGCUAAUGUUGUAGGUCAAGAGAUCACAGAAGACUACAGGCCAGACUUGGAAAGGCGCACUAAUCAGAUGGUGCUGAUACCAGGUGGAGUGUUUACCAUGGGAACUGAUGACCCAGCAAUACCUCAGGAUGGAGAGGGCCCAGCAAGAAAAGUUCAUGUUAAGCAGUUCUACAUGGAUAUGUAUGAAGUCACCAACGCUGAAUUUGACAGAUUCAUUAGAGCUACAGACUACACCACAGAGGCAGAAAAGUUUGGAGACUCUUUCGUGUUUGAGGGGAUACUUAGUGACAAAGUGAAGAGCACCAUUACCCAAGCUGAGCAGCAAAAUCACCUGGGUUUCAAGUCUCCUUGACAACAACUGAUGUUGCCAUCACCACCUGAAAGUGGGUAUCUUUAUUAGAAUAAAGCAACUUCUGGAAAUUUC